GUCAAAUAGACGACACAGUACCCGAUAAAACAUUAUCCUUUAGUUGAUCAUCUAUAUUUUUGAAAGUUUUGUUAGAAAUGGUCUAAGUAGAAAGGUAGCUGUCAGAAAAAACACUUGGAGUUUAUAAUAAGUGGUCUUAGAGGGCCAGAAUUCGUUGUUAUUGUAUGAAGAAGCCUCUGCCAAUCACGUAUCUGAACAGAAGUCAGGUGACUCGAUCUUGGCCGCCAUCUUUGUUACUGGCGAUGAAGCCCAGUUUGGAUGCUGAACGGGGAGAGCAGCGGAGUUUUCCUGGAGGAGUAGCUACUGUUUGGGUUGAAACAUGGUUCAGACGUGCUCAGCGUACGGCUGUAAGAACCGGUACCACAAAGACAAAGACAUCUCAUUCCACAAGUUUCCACUGGCCCGUCCGGAUGUCUGUGGGAAGUGGGUCGCAGCGAUGAGGAGGAGCAACUUCAAGCCAACAAAGUACAGCAACAUCUGCUCGCAGCACUUCACCCAAGAGUGCUUCAAGAGGGAAUGCAACAACCGGGUGCUGAAGGAGAACGCCGUUCCUUCGCUGUUCUGCUGUAGCCUGAGCAUGAAGUCAGAAUCUUCUGGGAACCCGUUCCCCUCAGAGGUCCACUACCCGCUCUCCCUGCCUGUGACCUCUGACCCUUCACCAGCAGAGGAACCCAAUGGGAGUCCAGGAGACGCCCGCAGCGACACCGCAGCGGUGUGCUGCGACCACAACUACACAGCGGAGGACUCGGUGCAGCAGAAGAAGCGAAUCGAGCAGCUGGAGGAGCAGCUGGAGCAGCUGAGGAGGAAGCUGAAGACCACGCAGCAGAAGUGCCGGAGACAGGAGAGGCAGCUGAAGAGACUGAAGGCUGCGGGUCAGGCGUCCAGGACGGGACAGGAUCCGUUCAGUGAUGGAUACGUGAUUUUACCUAAACACAUUUACCACACGCUGAAAGGGAUCGAGUGACCAGGAGAGAGCAGAGGGACGCUUCAGGUCCAGGAUGAAUGUUGACAGCUGAAGACUGACGGACAUCUGCUUGUUUCAUGGCCAGAACAACCAGAACCAGUACUGAGGACAUGAAACUGACCUGCUUCUUAUGGCUGGUAGUUUUCUUUAGAUAAACUGGAUGGUUUGUAGGUUUGUAGGUUCGGAUCUAAGGAAUGUUAUAGAGCAGCUGCAGAGUGGGUCAUUACCAGCUUUAUAUAAAAUAAUGUCAAUAGGUGAGUGAUAUCAGGACAACAAGCAGAACUCCAGAAGUAUUCAAACAUCUUGAACAUUUUCACAUCAUGACACCAACCACAAACUUUAGAUGUUUCAUUUUACAUUUCUGUUCAUCCCCCCUGAGUCAGAACUUUGUAGAACCGCCUUGCUCUCCAGGUCCAGCUGCAGGUCUACUGGGGGGGUCUACCAGCUUUGAACAUCUACAGACUGACCUUUCUAACCAUUCUUCUUUCUAAAACAUCUCAGUAGGAUUUAGGUAAGGAUUUGACUAGGCCAUUCUCACCCUUGAAUCCUCUUUGAUCUAAACCAUCCAUUGUAUCUCUGGCUGGAUGUUCAGGGUGGUUAUCCUGCUGGAAGGUGGACCUCCACGCCAGUCUCUGGUCUU